GGAGCACAAGGCAGCAUAACCACGACUCUUGAAGCUCCCUUGCCUUGCUCUCGAGCACGAGAUGAGUCUCCUCGAGCGCCUCGACGCCGGCAUCACUGGCUUUAUAGGCCAGUGGGAUGCCUACUCGACUGGGCUGGUGACGCUGCUUAUUGCCCUCGUCACCUACCGCAUCACCUCGUCGCGCGAGCCCGACGUGCACCCUCUGCUGCUUGCUAGACAGGCCGGCCCUUCUGCCGUGCGCAAUGAAGGCGAGAGCGCCGCCUACAGAUGCCUGGCUGCUUCCCACAGCAUGCCGUUGAACAGCGGACUUGACGUCAAGGAUGCUGGUGCUUCACGAUGGGCGAGGGGACGAGAUGGCGAUCUUCGAGACAUCUGGCGCAAGGCAGUGACCGGAAACGAACAGGGAAAAAAGGGAAAGCUGCUCACUGUCCUCGGAUCCGAGAAUGUUAUUGAGCACCGCCUAGAGGAUAUUACGAGACAGAUCAACCUCAUUGGACAUCACAUUGCAGAACAGGGCGGCAUCAGAGUUGCCAUCUACCUGCCCAACUCUGUCGAGUUUCUCGUUACAGUUUUGGCAUGCAGCUUCUUCCCGAACUUGACAACUGUCCUGAUCCCAUUCAACGUCUCCAACGAGGAGCUCAUCUCCAUGAUGCGACGAUCUGCCGUUGACACCGUCGUGACGACUCCCGGCUCAUUCGCGCUCGAUGACGUUGCCAAGGCAUAUCCGUCGCUGAGACAGCUCAUCUGGGUCGUGGAUGAAGGUAGCUCGCAUCUUGACUGGAAUGAGGUUCCCGAAGGCAUGGGAGGCAGCGUCAAUGUCGCCACAUGGCAGGAGAUCAUCCGCGACGCCCCGGCAGACUCUGGCACUGAACUUCCUCCCCUGGACCUGGAAAACGUUCCCAUGGAUGUGGUUACCUUCUGGCAGACGAAGCCCGGCCAAUUGGAAGAAAUGGUUCGUUUCACGCAGGGUAAUCUGGUUGCUGGCAUCGCCUCCCAAAUCAAUACUGUCCCCAUGAAGGAGAGAUUGACCCCCACUGACCUGUUUCUUCCUGCUGAAUCUUUGGCCGGCAUCCACACCCUUACUCUUACCUUGGCUGCACUUUACCAGAAUUCUUCGGUAGCUUUCAACUCGGUUGCUGGUCGAUCGCCGGAUCUGGUUCUGGCGACUCAGGGCAUCGCCCCGACGGUGAUUGUUGCCAGCCCCUCCAGCUUGCUCAAGAUUCAUGAAGAAUCCACCGCCAAACUGAGUUCUCCUCUUGCCAGAGCCUCUCAUGCCUUUUCUACUCGUGCUCUCACACAACAGGGCAUUCUUCCAACCUCUAACCUGCUGUCUGCGUUUGCGGCUGGAGCGAAGCCGGCCCUUGGCACCGACCUCAGCAAGCUGCGUGCAGUGUAUACCGCAGAGCGUGUUGGCGCGGACACUCCUCGUCUUUCCCCCAAAGUCCUCUCUGACUUGCGCGUCUUCACAGGCGCCCGAGUCGUGUAUGCUCUGACAAGUGCUCGGGUGGUAGGCGCUGUUUCACAGACGGCAUAUUACGACUACAGAGUCGAGGAGGGCGACGAUAACGGCCACUUUGGCGCACCUGUGACAAGCAUCGAGAUUCGUUUGAAGGACAAAGGCUCAUUCAAAACAACAGAUGAUGUGGUUGCGGGAGAGAUCCUCGCAACUGGACCUAGCGUUGCUGGCGGCGAGACUAGUCUGGGUGUUGUCGGAAGGCUUAGGUACGACAACACGCUGGCUCUUGUGUCGUGAAGCAGGAUCUGCGGCUACUAGUUCAAGGGGUCAAGGGAAAAGGGCCGGUUGAAGGGAAGCAGGGGACACAAUAGGCUAGGGGCAUAAAUGUGCUUUAGGAAUCACUUUGGAGAGAUUCGUCACUGGGAUGGCUAAGAUAUUUGGCGAUUUUUUUAUGCACUUCAGAAAAGAAAUAGCGAAGAACGUCCAUCAUACGAAGUAGGCUGAUGAUGAUUAUGAUAUUGACUCUGAUGAGGCUUGGGGUACUCUGUGAGUGAGAGCCAUCUCGGAAUUAUCC